ACGCACAUACCCAAUCCUCCUCAUUAUCACACCAUCUCUAUUCUUCUAAUCCCUAACUUCGUUCCUCUAUUCACCCACAUUAUACAACGGUAAACACAUUUAUCAAUUCACAUGAAGAAAUGAGUUGGUUAGCGUGGUAUAUUGCGCAGUUUUUGAUUAUUGAAUUGCAUUAUGUGCUUCUAGAUAAACAGAAGAGAAGUAUGUUGUGGAUUAACACUCUCAGAUGACAGUAUGUACUGAUUGAAGACUGGUAUUAGUGAUGACGGACUGUGUUACUGUUCCGUCACAUAUGAAGCUGUUCGUUGGCAGGUAUUGUGCUAGCGGGAAUCGUGCGAGUCUGAAAGAUCUGCACCUUGAAAUUCCAAGGAAAUCGUGUGCUGCUAUUUUCAAAGCUAAUACUCUCUCUUCAGUAGGCGUCUGCAACCCAAGUGCUUUUCGUAUCACGAAUCCUAGAUUGUGUAGAAAGGAAAGCCCAAAUAAGUUCCAUUGUUUUGGUACUUUGAUGAACUCUAGUGGUGUGAUUACUUCUGAUUGGAUUCCUAUAGUCGACCAAGUCCUUCUAAUAACCAGUGUAUUUCUGACGUAUAUGGCUGGAGUAAUACCUGCUGAUAAGUCUCUCUUUAAUCCUCAACAAAGAACAGCAAAUGACCGUGUUGUACCAGAUGAAGCUUCAGUUUCUGGUAGGGAAGUAAAUAAUGAUGAUGAAGCUAACUUAACAUUUGCAUGGGAGAUUGUGAGGAAAAAGCUCUUUGAUUCCUUGAAUAUUAUUGAAAACAAUGGGAAUGCAGGGAGUGGGGUAAGUGAAAGUGGAGCACAAAGACCUGCAAGUUUGUUUGCCAUUGCUGAGGCUCCCAGAUUUAGGUUGCUGUUGGCUUGUUUUUAUCGGCUCAAGGAAGAGGUCACCGAUGUAUUAGGAAACUCAUCUACAUUACAAAUGGUUGAGCCACAGGUUGAGUUCUCACAAAUAAUUCAGAAAUCCUGUGAGCAUCUAUGCAUUGAUUGGCUAAAGGAGGAACUUUCCUUGAAAUCUAGCAAUACUGAUGUGGGGCGUCUUUCUGUUUUGGGUGACAAGUUAAAUGUAUACGACUCCAUUAUACAGAGUAUUGAAAUUUUGGGCAAGAAAGAUCUAUAUGCAGAUCUGAUUGGCAUACUUAGAUUCGGUUCUUUAAGGAAGGAUAGCUGUUACGACUUUGAUUUCUUUUCCUGUCAUGGUGUUUCUGUGUUGGAAGAUCUAGUGAUUUCAAUGGCUGAUGGUGUUGCAAGUAUGUAUGUGGAGCUUAUAUCUGUUGAUGGCAACAUGUCAGAUGGUAUACAUAGCCUUGGUCUGAGUUUGUGUACUUUGUCGACUAGAGCACUUCAAAGAUUACGAAACGAGGUGGUUUUGAGUCAGUGGUUGUACCAGAAUAUGGACUCAGUUGCAUCAAUGUAUGAGGACAGGUUCGAUCUUCGAACACUUGAGAGUCGAGUCAUUCAGAAUUCUAGCAAGGGUGAGGCUAAUGAGUCAAGUUGGUGGAAGAAACUUGGCAUGUUGAAAUCUCGACCUGUAUCAUCUCCAUUAUGUUUUGUUGUCAUAAACUGCAUCUCUGUGCCUGUCAAGCGCACCAAAGAGUUAAGGGCAUUGACUGGGUGGAGGUACUACUACAGUCUUUUCCUUGAACUCUUUGAUAUUUCAAUGCCAUUAGUUAGAACCGUUGUCGGAAAAGUCAGUGAAGCCAUCUCAUUUUUUCUAGUUUGCCUUAUUGGGAGGUCGCUGGGGCUCAUUUACACCGGUAUAAGGCAGUCCUUACGAUGGAAGUGAAAUACAUAUCAAGGACAAGUAAUUCAUUUUGUUAAUUAGAAUUAUUUUGUCAUAUUGUUUUCGCUGGAAAUGAUGUACAACAUAUGAUCGGACAUAUCGUGGCUGUCAUUUUUUAUUUUUUUUUUAAAUGUUUGCAAGUGUAAAAGAUGAACUUUUUGAGAUGAAUUGAUAACUUGUUAAAGUUGGCCACAGGUACAUCAGGUAAUAAAUAAUUUCCAACA